UCCAGCAGCAGAUCCAAUUUCAAAAUUCCAAAGCCACAUGAAGCAACAGGCGGAAGACCUCGUGUUGCGGAAGAAGCGCAAGCUGCCCAAGCCAGAGGAUGGCGACGGAAGCGGGGCCGACGACAACCAUGACGACGAAGGAGAAAACUCAGAGUCGCCGUCCGCGGCCCAGCCCCUGGACGACCAUGACAAGAAAACCAUCGACAAGAUCGACGAAGUGUCGUCUGGAGACAAAAAGGAAUUCCCAAAGAAAGAUGCGACUGGAGCUAGUGCGCCUGUGAUACCCAUGACCGCCAUGAUGUUUCCCAUGACGAUGAUGAUGCCCAUGAUGAUGCCAUUCCCGCAAGGAGGUGGAGUCGGUCUCGUUGACGAAGUCCCGAAGAAGAAGAAACGUGGCCGACCGUCCAAGAAGGCCCUUGCCCAGCAGUCGACGCAAUCGAUCAACUCUGCCGAUCAACCACUGUCCAUGCCCAUGUGGCCAUUCGGUAUGCCCUUGAUGCCGCUUGGAUUCAAGUUCCCCGUCAACCCAAUCAUGGUUGCACCUCAAGUAAAAAACAGCAAAGAACUCGAUGGAGCCACGACAUCCGUCGUCAAGGCGGGAUCCGUUGAGGAUCACAGCAGCGCUGGCGCAUCUUCCAAGGAGGUCUUGGUUGAUGACCUCAAGAAGAAGUCUCGAAGUACAUCAGGCAAACCACGCGGCCGGCCGCGCACACGACCUCGUCCAGGCGAUGUCAUCUCCCGCCCCAAGCUGAUGAAUUUGGCGCCAGCGGUCAUGUACGACCACAUCAAUGGGAAUGGCGCGCUGGAGAAGGACCCCAAGGAUUCGGAGGACGAUGAAGACGACGACCCGAACAAGGGUGGCGGCGGGCUUUUGCCUGGGGAGCGCGUGGUAUAGUACGAUCAGGAGCAUCGCAGAGAACAGCACCACCGCACAGAUACUCCCCCCGCGCCCACAUGUGCAUACACGAUUAAUGUUAAAAAGCUUCUUCGUCGAAA